AGUUGAGGAGAAAAAAUCGACGGUACAAUCGGUCUGCUCAGUUGAACUGGUUUAACUCAACCUAAGUCGUGUUCUAAGUCGAAUAAUUCAGUUUGAAACACUAAUUAUCAUGUGAAAUAAGUUAGUUCAGUUGAAAAUUAUAAAUUCAACAAUGUAGAACAAUAUUCUAUGGAGUUUAAAACCAAGUUUGCUGGGAUGGUUGGUUUCAGUGAUAAUUGAACAGACGUGAGUUUCCUGUAUUGAAAGUGAAGGGGCAGUUGGCUAAAAAGAGUACACUGCAGUAACGAGUACUGUUUUUAGUAACGGAGCGGUUUCCCAGGUAUGGAACUGCAGAAAGAUGAUUGCAUCAUAAACUCCUUGCGUUGUAGUAGUGGAAAACUGCUGAAUUGAUGUGAGUCGGAGUAAAAGCAGAGCCUAGGCGCCAGUGCAAGGACAAAUCUAAACCACGCGUCCUCGCUAUUUAAGCUCCGCUGUAUUGUUAUAGAUAGGAAUUUAGACCUGGUUUCUCGAUCUUCAUUUAUUUAUUUUGAUUGAUUUUCUUGUGGAAACAUACGUCCUUGCUGUUUAAGCUACGCUGUAUUGUUGCAGUUAAAUUCGUCCAAUUUCGACCUGAUUUCUCUAUCUCAAUUAUUUUGUGGAAACAUACCGUGAGUAUUUACACAGUUUUCGUGGAGCCAGAAGUUGGGCACGUUGUGCAACAAGCAACUGAUAAACGCUGAUAUUUAUGACGGAGUCGCCUGUGGAUUAGACGAUAUGAAUUAUUAUCGGGUGGUCUGGGUUGGCUGGGUUGUUUCGCCGACUUAGAAGAAACGCUGCCUUAUAAAUAGUAGCGCGAAUUCGUGUGUCGCAUCUUUUGCUGUGCGGUUUUCACGCCGCUUGAGGUGAGCGAAGCGAGUACUUUGGACUGUGAAACAACGAAACUAGUGUGAACAAAGGUUAAGUGUUGUGAUGGGUUAAACUUGAUACGAGCUGGACAUGAGCAUCAAAAUGAACGGCUUGGACCGCCGCGACAGUUGUGCCUUGGAGGCGGAGGCUCAAGCCAUGCUUGGAGGCCAGACCACCGCGCCCGCCGCCCCCGGGGGCCGCAGACUCACCGACUACUACGCCUCCAUGCCGAUCACUGACGAGACCGCUUGCGGCAUCGGGUGCUUCCGUGGACCUCUGCUACAGAAGCUCGCAAACAAGAAGGCCUUCGUCAUUUUGUACGGCAUCCUCGGCUGCAUAUUCUCCGCCUGCUAUUCUUACCUCAAUGGCACCAUCACGACUAUCGAGAAACGGUUCAGGAUAUCAUCGAAAACCACAGGGAUCAUCAUGGUGGGAAACGACAUAUCAGUACUUUUUAUAACAAUAUUAUUAAGUUACUACGCAGGCAGAGGGCACAGACCCAGAUGGGUGGCCAUGGGCAUCUACACUGUCGUAGUCUUUUGCCUCAUGAAUGCCCUGCCGCAUCUACUCUAUGGACCCGGGGAGGACGCUCUCCUAUUGACCAAAGAGUACGGCAGCAAAUCGAACAUGAGUGUCAGCGUAUUUGAGAAAGAAAACCGCAGAACACUGUGCCAGAGUGAGGCAGGUGAUGUGGACUGCAGCAAUGGAAGUAUGGCUCCGGCGGUCAUUCUGUUCAUCGCUCAACUAAUUUCUGGAGUGGGAGGCUCUCUGUACUUCACCUUGGGUGUGUCAUACAUGGAUGACAACAUCAAAAAAUCUAAAACACCUGCUCUUAUAAGCUUUUCAUAUUUCUUGAGGAUGCUGGGCCCAGCUAUUGGAUAUUCGCUGGCCUCAUUCUGCCUGAAGAUAUAUGUGUCACCAUCUCUCCAUCCAACAAUAACCACAUCGGAUCCAAGGUGGCUUGGAGCAUGGUGGCUAGGUUGGUUAGUGCUUGCAGCAAUGUUGUUUGUGGCAGCAAGUUUUCUGGCAUUGUUUCCCAAAACUCUGCCCCGCGCAGCCGCAAGACGAGCUCUGGCACUUGAUCGGUUGAAAAAUGGAGAGCCUGGAGGGGAUGUAAAAAUUGAAAGUGAAAUGCCAACUUCUUUCAAAGACUUGAUAGUAACUUUCAAACGAGUGAUGAGGAAUAAAACUCUAACAUGCAAUAAUCUUGCAAGUAUAUUCUAUUUUAUGGGCUACACUCCAUAUUGGAUAUUUCUACCCAAAUACAUUGAAACAAUGUACAAGCAGUCAGCAUCUUUCGCUAGUUUGAUAACAGGUACUGUGGGACUAGUAUUCUCAGCUAUUGGCAUAUUAGUUAGCGGUGUAGUAAUUACAAGACUGAAACCCAGCGCCAGGUGUAUGGCAGCGUGGAAUGUCCUGGUAGGAGUCAUUUCCAUCCUCGGAAUUACGUCCUACGUUUUCUUGGGAUGUCCAGCCAACGACAAUCAUCUCGAUAUCCUUGCAAAUGGCGAACUGGAACUGGCGAUGCCUUGCAAUGCAGACUGCCACUGUGAUUAUGUGAAGUACUCGCCAGUGUGUGCUCCGAACCAUCGCACUUACAUCUCACCCUGUCAUGCUGGCUGUCGAGACAAGACCAGGCUGAAAAAUGAUACUAAGAUGUACACAAACUGUUCUUGCGUACCACUACAUCAAGAAGACAAUUUCAUGCUGACGAGCUCCUAUGGUAACUAUUCGUCAGCCAAACCAGAGUCAGCGUCAAUGUUCGGCUCAGUGGUUGCUGGUCCCUGUCCCAUUGAUUGCUCCACUCAAUUCUACAUGUUCCUCGCCGUCUGCUGCAUCAUCAAGUUUAGCAGUGCUACAGGACGAGUAUCAAACUUCCUUGUUUCUGUCAGAUGUGUCGAUGAGAAGGAUAAGCCAGUGGCAAUAGCUAUUGGAAUGACUCUAGUCAGUUUAUUUUCAUUCAUUCCAUCCCCAAUCCUCUACGGAUAUCUUAUUGAUCGGACCUGCUUGAUUUGGGGAAAAACCUGCACAGGAACCGGAAACUGCUGGCUCUAUAAUGGAGAGUCAUUACGUUACAUAUUGAAUGUGACUUCGGCUGUGUUUGUGACCAUUGGAACAAUCUUCGAUGGAGGAGUAUGGUUCUAUGUCAAAGAUCUCAAAGUUUUCGACAAUGAUGAGGAAGAGGCCACCAAGUCAGAGAAAGAGAAGUCUUCUAAAAUGUGAUGAAAUUAUCCUGAACGUGUAAAAUAAUAUGGACAAUGUGGUUUUCUCACAAUUUAGAUUUAAUUGUAUCAUUGAUGUUAUUUUUUUAUAAAAUACAAGUUUUUUAAUACAA